GCUGCCGGGAUGGAACUAUCCCGAAACCAACGGACCGCGACGACGAGGAAACGGAUCUAUGAGUGAGCAGCUGAGGCGCGAGUACGAGAUCGGCGAGGAGAUCGGCCGCGGCCGCUUCGGCUUGGUCCGCCGCUGCGCCUCCCGCGCCACGGGCGAGCCCUUCGCCGUCAAGUCCGUGGACCGCUCCGCGCUCGCCGACGACCUCGACCGCGCGCUGGCGGGGCUGGAGCCCAAGCUGGCGCGUCUGGCGGGCGCCGGGGGCGCCAACCCGGGCGUCGUGCAGGUGCGCGCCGUGUUCGAGGACGAGGCCUGGACGCACACCGUCAUGGACCUCUGCACGGGGCCGGACCUGCUGGACUGGGUCCGCCUCCGCCGCGGCGCGCCCGUGCCGGAGCCCGCCGCGGCCCGCGUCGUGGCGCAGCUCGCCGAGGCGCUCGCGGGAUGCCACCGUGCCGGGGUGGUCCACCGCGACGUCAAGCCCGACAACGUCCUCCUCGACCUGGACGAUGACGACCCCGCCGGCGAGGAGGACGCGGCGCCGCGGGUGCGGCUCGCGGACUUCGGCUCCGCCUCGUGGCUCGGCGCCGGCGCCGGCGGGCGGGGCGCCGCCGAGGGGCUCGUGGGCACCCCGCACUACGUGGCGCCCGAGGUGGUGGCGGGCGGCGAAUACGGCGAGAAGGUGGACGUGUGGAGCGCCGGGGUGGUGGCGUACGCGCUGCUGUCCGGCGGCGCGCUGCCGUUCGGCGGCGAGACCCCCGCGGAGGUGUUCGCGGCCGUGCUGAGGGGCGGCCUCAGGUUCCCGCCCGCGCUGUUCGCCGGGGUGUCGCCGGCGGCCAAGGACCUGAUGCGGCGCAUGAUGUGCCGCGACGUCUCCAGAAGGCUCUCCGCCGAGCAGGUCCUCCGGCACCCGUGGAUCCAGAGCGGAGGGGGCGCCCAGGAGGCGGUGCAGCCGACCUGAAUCCAGGCAGAAGCCGAGACCAAUCGGCGAGUGUUCUCCGGAGCCCGACGAGUUUUUGUCCAUAUCGAUCGACGUCUCUGUAUAUCCAGGUACGCGACCGCGGCGAGGAGCGGUGCGGAGGAGAGCGUCGCUUCGCUGCGCGCCUGCGCCUGCGCCUGCGAUCCCCGCAGGGGAGGGGAGUGACAGUGGUG